UUUAUUUGCCUUCCCAUACCUUGUGGAAACCCGAAUUUGAAAACUACUGAUACCUGGCUAGUCGUCAUAACCUCAUGGUUUGUUUCUGCUUCUUGGUGGACCAAAGAAGGAAGAUUAAGAGAAGCAAGCCGGUGGCCGGAUCCUGUUCGCGCUGCGGCCGCGGAGCUAGCGUGGCUGACAUGAGAACUGCUACAAGGUUUUGUUAUAUUCCAUUUCAUUGGAAAUCUUGGAAAGCUAUCAUUUGUACAUUUUGUGGAUCUAUUCUUAAAUCUUACAGGUAGAAAGUUUUAGAACUAUAUAUCAGAUUAGUUCAUGACUGCAGUAGGGACAAUCUUCUAUUCCUUUUCUGUUUACAUCUGUAGGUAACUCGAUUUAUGCAUUAUUAAUGCAUUUGUUGUGAGCUUGAGAAGCUGCAAUUCAUAUGUAGUUAGCUCAUGUAAGAUGUAUUUGAGAUUCAAUAAUCGUGAGUUUUCUCUUAUUCC